CAGUACGGUGUGUGGCGCAAAGCCCGCGGUAGAAACUGCAUUUAAACCGCUAGGGCCUGACUCCUGAGCACUUGAAAGGUAAGCAUACAGACAUCAUACCGGCAAAGCCAAGCCGCGGAUGCUGUGCACUCCUUGCAGAGCAGAGGUAACACGUACGCGGCUAAUGCCUGACUGAGCACUCCGUGAAGAAACUCACUCACCUACAUCAGUAUGGUUGUCCUACUGGCGUUUCUGCUGCUGCUGCUGUCCUAUGGAGCUGGCAACAUCCAUUGCUCAACAGUCAGUCACGAAAACAGAACAGACGUGCACUCGUUGCUCGAGUUCAAAGCGGCUACCAACGACCCAACAGGUGCCCUAAGAUCUUGGAACAGGCGUGUCCACUACUGCAACUGGACGGGCGUCAGAUGCAGCUCACUGAAACCGGAGCGCGUCGUUGCUCUGAGACUCCCCGGCCAAAGCUUGUCAGGCGAGAUCAGCCCCUCUUUUGGGAACUUGACGUACCUUAAGGUCCUCGAUUUGUCCUCCAAUGGCUUCUCCGGCCUGUUACCUCCUAUGAACCUGCUCCAUGAGCUGGUCCACCUUGACCUGAGCUUCAAUUCGUUUCAGGGGACGAUUCCUGACUCACUCAUGAAUUGCUCCAACCUACACUAUCUAGUUCUUUCUGGAAACAUGCUACAAGGUCCAAUCCCCAAGAAAAUUGGUUCGCUCUAUAAUCUAUUAGGCUUAGGCCUUGCUAGGAAUAAUCUUACCGGGGUCAUCCCACCAACCAUCAGCAACGCCACCCAGUUAGAACAACUCGAUCUUGGGGAAAAUGAACUAGGGGGGAGCAUUCCUGAUGUGUUUGGGCAAUGGCCCAAGAUGUUGGAAUUGUCCGUAGGUGAAAAUAGGCUCUCAGGUCGAAUACCACCAUCCUUCUUUAAUCUGACUUCGGUUCAAAUAUUAGGCUUGUAUGCAAAUAAGCUACAAGGGGAAUUGCCUCCUGACAUUGGCGAUACCCUCCCUGAAAACAUACUUUUUUCGCUGGGCGAGAACAUGCUUCAUGGUCACAUCCCAGCUUCGCUAGGCAACGCUUCACGGCUACAACUCAUGGAUUUAUCAGAUAACAGCUUCGUUGGAGAAAUUCCUAUUUUCGGAAAGCUACCAAACCUUGAGAACUUAAACCUUGGAUAUAAUAUGCUUGAAUCAAGUGAAAGCCAAAGAUGGGAAUCCUUGUAUGGACUAACAAACUGUAGUAAUCUAUAUGCGCUCACAUUAGAUAAUAAUCAGCUGCAAGGAGCCAUACCGGAUUUGGUCGGUAAGUUGUCCACUAAACUCACACGUCUACACAUGAAUGGAAACAAUCUAUCAGGAAUAGUUCCUUUAAGCCUAGCAAACCGUAGUAGCAUAAUCGAUUUGGAUCUUAGCAACAACAGCUUAACUGGUAAAAUUGAAGGAUGGUUAGGGAGUCUAAUAAACUUACAAUAUUUAGAUCUUCAUGGAAACAAUUUCGCCGGGUCCAUUCCACCAUCUUUUGGCAACCUUUCAGAACUGACAAUACUUUCUCUAGCACAAAAUGAAUUUGAAGGUCCCAUACCUCCCACAUUGGGAAAACUUUCACAACUCUCAAGGCUGGACCUUAGCUAUAAUAAUCUGCAAGGUGAGAUACCUCCAGAAAUUAGUGAGCUUAAACAACUCAUUUCACUAUAUCUAUCUUCUAGCAGACUUUCGGGAAAAAUUCCCGAUGAUCUGGGCAAGUGUCAGGGCCUCAUAACCAUCCAAAUGGACCACAAUAAUCUCACCGGUGUCAUUCCAACCUCUUUAGGCAACCUUUUGAGCUUGGACAUGCUCAACCUGUCCUAUAAUGAUUUGUCAGGUGUCAUCCCAACAGUACUAAGUGAUCUUCAACUUCUUAGCAAGUUAGACCUAUCUUAUAAUCGUCUCCGAGGAGCAAUCCCAAGAAAUGGAGUGUUUGAGCACCCCGCAAACGUUUCCCUUGAUGGCAACUCGGGACUUUGCGGACAAGCAACCGGUUUCCAUGUGCCCUCAUGCCCAGAUGCCUCGCCGAGAACAGGAAGACACUAUCGUUUGAUUACGGUGUUGAUCACAAUAAUUGGUUUCCUGUCAUUGGCACUGUUGACUUGCUUUAUAAUCCACGAGAAGAUACCACAGGCAACAUUUUCGUUGCUGCCUUCUCUCGGGGAGAAAUUCCCUAGAGUUUCUUACUGGGAUCUAGCUCGAGCGACAAGCAACUUCUCUGAGAUUAACUUGAUUGGCGAAGGAAGUUACAGCUCAGUGUACAAAGGAAAGUUGAAACAAGUUAAAACAGAAAUAGCGAUCAAGAUACUUGACCUUGAGAUUCCGGGUGCCGAAGGAAGUUUUGCAUUAGAAUGCAAAGCAUUGAGAGGCAUUCGUCAUAGAAACAUUGUUCCCCUCAUAACUGAAUGCUCCGCAAUCGACAACAAAGGCAAUGCUUUCAGAGCUAUCAUCUAUGCUUUCAUGCCCAAUGGGAACUUGGACACUUGGUUGCAUCAUCAAGGGAAUCAGGCAGCUGGAAGGCAUUUAGGCUUGGCUCAAAGAAUAAGCAUCGCUACUAACAUAGCCGACGCAUUGGACUAUUUGCACCAUUAUAGUGGGAGGCCCAUCAUCCAUUGUGAUUUGAAGCCGAGUAACAUACUCCUAGACAUUCAUAUGAAUGCUUGUCUAGGAGAUUUUGGCAUCGCGAGGUUCUACAUUGAUUCUAAACUGAGAACAGUCGGUGAUUCAAGUUCAAUUACUGUGAACGGAACUCUCGGAUACAUGGCUCCAGAGUAUGCUGAAAACGGUCACGCAUCUACUUGUGGGGACGUAUAUAGUUUCGGAAUAGUACUUUUGGAGAUGCUGACAGGAAAAAGACCAACGGAUGAUAUGUUCAGGAACGAACUCACCAUUGUCAGAUUUGUGGAAACGAAUUUUCCUGAUCACACAUUAAAUUUUCUGGAUUCUCGUCUGGUAAAUGAAUGCAAUGGUGGCAUCGACCAAAUAGCAGCAGGAACGGAAAACCCGCCGAUCUUUCAGUCCUUGUUAUCUUUGCUACGAGUAGCACUUCAGUGUACACGCCAAUCCCCAACUGAACGGCUUAACAUGAGAGAAGUAGCUACCCAAUUGUGCAAAAUCAACAUGGUGAACACGGGAAGGAGAGUUAGGAGCUCAACUUCUUUUAGGAGACUUGUCAGCUGGGCUUCUCAAAGGAGCUAAAGAAGAAAUGGAGGUGCAAUUAGAGUCUGUUGAUAAAAUGGUCCCUGCUAAGAAUGUAAUGUAAUACACUUUAUACUCCAGCUUGCAUGUCCUUUUUGGAUUAAUAUCCUAUUCUGGGUCCAGCAAUCA